AUGCAAUGUUUCUCUCCUGGACUUUGUGCAAAAUCACCCAAGAAAAGAGAUGUGGGGAGUAUCCAAAUCAUGCCAAGGGCUCAAACCAGCCAUCCUUUGGACCCCUUAUCUGCUGCUGAAAUCGCAGUGGCUGUGGCAACUGUAAGGGCAGCUGGAGCCACCCCUGAGGUUAGGGAUAGCAUGCGAUUUAUUGAAGUGGUUCUAUUGGAACCUGAGAAGCAUGUUGUUGCUUUGGCAGAUGCCUAUUUCUUCCCCCCUUUCCAGCCAUCAUUACUGCCUAGAACCAAAGGUGGACCUGUAAUUCCCAGUAAGCUCCCUCCAAGGCGAGCUAGACUGGUUGUUUACAACAAAAAAUCCAACCAGACAAGCAUAUGGAUUGUUGAGUUAACUCAAGUACAUGCAACAACUCGAGGUGGACAUCACAAGGGAAAAGUCAUUUCAUCACAAGUUGUCAAAGAUGUUCAGCCUCCCAUGGAUGCUGUAGAAUAUGCUGAAUGUGAAGCUGUUGUGAAAGAUCAUCCUCCAUUUCGAGAAGCAAUGAAGAAGAGAGGUGUAGAGGACAUGGAUCUUGUUAUGGUUGAUGCCUGGUGUGUUGGUUACUAUAGUGAAGCUGAUGCACCCAGCCGAAGGCUUGCCAAGCCACUUAUAUUCUGUCGAACAGAAAGUGACUGUCCUAUGGAAAAUGGUUAUGCACGCCCAGUUGAAGGCAUUCAUGUAGUUGUUGAUAUGCAAAAUAUGGUGGUGAUUGAGUUUGAAGACCGCAAACUUGUUCCCUUACCACCAGCUGAUCCUUUGAGGAAUUACACUCCAGGGGAGACAAGAGGUGGGGUUGAUCGAAGUGAUGUGAAGCCCCUACAUAUUAUUCAGCCAGAAGGUCCUAGCUUUCGUGUUAAUGGGCAUUAUGUUGAAUGGCAGAAGUGGAACUUCCGCAUUGGUUUCACUCCUAGGGAGGGUUUGGUUAUACAUUCUGUUGCAUAUGUUGAUGGAAAUCGGGGUCGAAGACCUGUAGCGCAUAGAUUGAGUUUUGUGGAAAUGGUUUGCCCUAUGGAGAUCCAAAUGAGCCACAUUACAGGAAGAAUGCAUUUGAUGCAGGGGAAGAUGGCCUUGGAAAAAAAUGCACAUUCUCUGAAGAAGGGAUGUGAUUGCCUAGGAUAUAUCAAGUACUUCGAUUCCCAUUUCACAAAUUUUACCGGAGGUGUUGAAACGAUUGAAAAUUGUGUAUGCAUGCAUGAAGAGGAUUAUGGAAUCCUUUGGAAGCACCAAGACUGGAGAACUGGCUUAGCAGAGGUUCGGAGGUGUAGAAGGCUAACUGAUGGGAAGAUUGAAGCUGAAGUUAAACUUACUGGAAUUCUCAGCUUGGGAGCGCUGCAGCCAGGAGAAUCCCGAAAAUAUGGUACAACAAUUGCUCCAGGGUUAUAUGCACCAGUUCAUCAGCAUUUCUUUGUUGCUCGUAUGAAUAUGGCUGUUGAUUGCAAAUCUGGAGAAGCAUACAAUCAGGUUGCUGAGGUGAAUGUUAAAGUUGAAGAACCUGGGAAGGAUAACGUUCACAACAAUGCUUUUUCUGCUGAAGAGACAUUACUUAAAUCAGAACUGCAAGCAAUGCGUGACAUUGAUCCCUUGUCUGCACGACACUGGAUUGUCAGGAACACAAGAACUGUCAAUAGGACUGGACAGUUGACGGGCUACAAGCUGAUACCUGGCUCAAAUUGCUUGCCACUAGCCAGUCCUGAGGCCAAGUUUUUAAGAAGAGCUGCUUUUUUGAAGCAUAAUCUCUGGGUUACACCAUAUGCCUGCGAUGAGAAUUUUCCAGGUGGAGAGUUUCCUAAUCAAAAUCCCCGUGUUGGUGAGGGGUUGGCUACAUGGGUUAAGCAAAAUCGAUCUCUGGAAGAAACAGAUAUUGUUCUCUGGUACGUAUUUGGAAUCACCCAUGUUCCUCGGCUGGAAGACUGGCCUGUCAUGCCCGUUGAGCGUAUUGGCUUUAUGCUUCAGCCACAUGGUUUUUUUAACUGCUCUCCUGCUGUGGACGUGCCUCCUAAUGUUUGUGAGCUGGAUGGGAAAGAAAGUGAUGUCAAAGAUAAUGGAGUGGCAAAGCCGAUAGCAAAUGGGAUGAUGGCAAAGCUUUGA